CAAUCAGAUUAGCCUUUCGGAAACUCGAUCCUUAUAGUAAAUUCAACGGAGAGAGAGAUCUGAGUUCUGAGGAGAUCAGAUUCCAUCGUCGAGCCCUUCCCAACGAACGAAGAUCUCAAGAUCCAUAAUCGCCUGAGAUGUCUACCUUUAGUGGCGAUGAGACCGCUCCUUUCUUCGGCUUCCUUGGCGCUGCUGCCGCGCUCGUCUUCUCCUGCAUGGGAGCUGCAUAUGGUACAGCAAAGAGUGGUGUCGGUGUGGCAUCUAUGGGUGUCAUGAGGCCCGAGUUGGUGAUGAAGUCUAUUGUCCCUGUUGUUAUGGCUGGAGUGUUGGGUAUCUACGGUUUGAUCAUUGCUGUUAUCAUCAGUACCGGGAUUAACCCCAAGGCUAAAUCUUACUACCUCUUCGACGGAUAUGCCCAUCUUUCUUCUGGUCUUGCUUGUGGGCUUGCUGGUCUUUCUGCUGGAAUGGCCAUUGGUAUUGUUGGUGAUGCUGGUGUCAGGGCCAAUGCUCAACAGCCAAAGCUUUUCGUUGGUAUGAUUCUUAUCCUUAUUUUCGCUGAAGCUCUGGCUCUAUACGGUCUUAUCGUGGGGAUCAUUUUGUCCUCCCGAGCUGGUCAGUCCAGAGCCGAAUGAGAAGAGAACGCCGGUUCUUGAACUCCGCAUGAUUCUUUCUUUCCCUUUUCGCCGGUCUGUUCAUGGAGCCGGGAUCUUCUUUAUAUUAUUUGUCAGGUUAGUAGAGACACAAUGGUUUUGCUCCUUGUAGCAUGUUUUUUUUUUCUGAAGAACGUGCCUGCUCGAAACAAAAACCACACAUCAUCAAAAGUGUUCGUUUCCAUUAUUCUGUUAUGUUUGUAAUGAGACCGUGACGGAUUCCUUAUGUUCCCAGUAAGAUAACUGUGGGAGACACCCCUCUAUUUAUAUCUUUUGUCAUUUUCAAAUAAAUACCAGAAAACUCGAUUCAUCUUGUUUAUGAAAUUUUCUUCGGAGUA